AUGCCUCUGCCUGUAAUCGGUAUAGGAGAUUUGGUCUCAUAUCUCAUGGUGCCGCCUAUCAAUGUCAAACCGUGGAUCGAAACUGGAUAUCCAGUCCAACAAACCGAAGUCUGGCGUACCCGCGUCUGUCUCUUUCAUCACACCCUCUAUACGCGAAACCCAUACAGUCCUGCGCGACCUCUCCACGCCGUUCUCGGUCUCGACGCAAAUGCUAGACAGUUCCACCCAGCGAAGCUUUCAGCAUCUCCCGACCAGCCCUUCCACCAAGCCGUAUACCACACCAUCGCUGACGCGUUUGCCAAAGCAACGGGAAACAAGGUUCAGUUCAUGGCGGCCAACUUGGUGCCGCUUGAGCUUGAUGAACAGGAUGUUGAUAGGGUUUGGGUUUAUACCAUUAUGAGUGUUGUUUCGCUUCUCAGCGACGAUACUAUUUGUGCUCAUUAUGCCUAUGGGUUUGUCCCUGCGCUGACGGAAGGCUUUGGGGAUAUGAUGAAGACGGACGAGGGGAUUCGUAAUGCGCGGCUUUCGGCUUUGAAGAUAUUGUGUAAUUGA